GUUUGAAACGCGGACGUAGUCCACACCCUCCCAAACCCCUCUCCAAACUUACAAUCGCCAGACUGCUAGGUCGCUAAUUUCUCGCGUGUUUUCUACCACAUGACUUAGAGAUAGCGUGUUGAAGUGUUCAAAUCCCGUCACCCGCUCUUCGCCCCUCUCCAGCGAAAUGGUCAAGAAGCGGAAGGCCAAGAACCAGGGCGGGGCCGGGGACAUGGAUAUGGGGGAGGAUGCCGCGCCUUCCGCCGUGACAUCCGCCGCUGGAGCCGCUGUGGAUGCCGCCUCCUCCGCAGGAUUUUCCGGCGCGUCUGUCGUCGUGGGAGCCGCCGGUGUGUCGGGAGAGGGGUCGGCAGGUCCGACUGCUAGCGGCAACGCAAUGGACACGAGUGAGACUAUGGGAUUCACAGUCAUCAAGGCGUCUGACAGCCAUAAUCAAGCCCCCGUGCCAGUCUUGAGGAAGAAGGGCGCACCGGAGCGACGGGCCAAGUCACGGAGAAAGCAGAAGCUGCUGGCGAAGGCACUGGCGAUCAGGGAGAAGACAGAGACCAAGACGCAAAAGCAUGCGGCCAAGAAGGCACGGGUACAUACACUGAAGAAACUGUACUAAAGUGUACUGUAGGUGUAGCUGCUGUGUCUGUACUAAAUAUUCCAUGUGAUGUGAGUAGAUUACAACAUUGGAUUGUGAUGUCAAAACAUAUCCUAGUACCGUCAUCCCCCCUAUAUAACACCCGCCGAAAUAGUCACUCCGCGGGUGGUUUAUGCGGGGGAGAGCUUAUGAUAGGGUGAAUUCAGGAGAGCACCCGCUUUUCGGGGGUUGCAUUUUACAUGACACCCUCCUCGUUUUA